AUGGAUAUUGAGGAGGAAAUCCGAUCGUUACAGCUUGAUUCGGCAGAAGAUAAUGGAGUUGUUAAUCCAGAAGCUGCACAGCCGGAAGUUGAGAAUUCCAAUAAAAUGGAGGAAGAUUCCAAGGAAGAGGUUCAUCCGCAUUCAGUUAAGCCAGAGGUGGUUGAGCAGAAAGGGAAGGAGAAGAUAAAUGUGGAUCCAGAAGAAGAACAUGAUGAGAUGGAACUAGAUAAGAAGAGACACUUGAAUGUUGUUUUCAUUGGCCACGUCGAUGCUGGAAAGUCCACAACUGGAGGCCAAAUACUUUUCCUUAGUGGUCAGGUUGAUGACCGUACAAUCCAAAAAUAUGAAAAAGAAGCAAAGGAAAAAAGUAGGGAAAGCUGGUAUAUGGCCUAUAUUAUGGAUACCAAUGAAGAAGAGAGGGUUAAGGGUAAAACAGUUGAAGUUGGACGAGCACAUUUUGAAACAGAGUCAUCAAGAUUUACGAUUUUGGAUGCACCUGGCCACAAAAGUUAUGUUCCAAAUAUGAUCAGUGGUGCAUCUCAAGCUGAUGUAGGAGUACUGGUUAUUUCUGCUCGGAAAGGAGAAUUUGAAACUGGGUAUGAGAGGGGUGGACAGACCCGUGAGCACGUUCAGCUUGCUAAAACUUUGGGUGUGUCCAAACUGCUUGUUGUUGUAAAUAAAAUGGAUGAUCCUACCGUGAAUUGGGCAAAAGAAAGAUACGAUGAAAUUGGGUCAAAGAUGGUGCCAUUCCUUAAAACAUCAGGCUACAACGUGAAAAAAGAUGUCCAAUUCCUACCUAUAUCUGGUCUGGUUGGUACAAACAUAAAAAACAGAGUGGAUAAAACAGUAUGCUCGUGGUGGGAUGGUCCUUGCCUGUUUGAAGCCCUUGAUGCCAUUGAGAUUCCUCUGCGGGAUCCCAAAGGUCCAUUCAGGAUGCCUAUCAUAGACAAAUUCAAGGACAUGGGAACUGUUGUUAUGGGCAAAGUGGAAUCUGGUUCGGUGCGAGAGGGGGAUUCGUUGUUUGUCAUGCCAAAUAAGGUUCCAGUGAAAGUUGUUGCUAUAUUCAUUGAUGAAGAUAGGGUCAAACGUGCGGGACCUGGUGAAAAUCUACGGGUUAGAUUAUCAGGCAUUGAGGAAGAGGAUAUAUUGUCAGGUUUUGUCUUAGCCAGUGUUGCAAAUCCAAUACCAGCGGUUACAGAAUUUUUUGCCCAGUUGCAGAUUCUUGAGUUGCUGGACAAUGCAAUCUUGACGGCUGGCUACAAAGCUGUCCUGCAUAUACACUCAAUUGUUGAAGAAUGUGAGAUUAUUGAGCUCAUAAGUCAAAUGGAUCCAAAGACGAAGAAACCUAUGAAAAAGCAUAUUCGUUUUGUCAAGAAUGGCGCUGUUGUUGUGUGCAAGAUUCAGGUGAAUAAUUUGAUAUGCGUUGAGAAGUUCUCAGAUUUUCCACAACUUGGAAGGUUUACUCUUCGUACUGAAGGAAAAACUAUUGCAGUGGGAAAAAGCUGGGUCAGUAGGACUGGCGGCAUGAUGGUUCCAAGUCAGCUCAGGAUCUUUCCUACUUACUCAAAGUGUAUCGAUUCUGGUAUCAGGGAGCUCAAGAGAUACCUAUGUGCAUCAUGUUCAAACAUGGCUUACAAACUGCUCGGGUUACAUGACAUGGGGAUAGUUAGUGAAGAGAAAGUAGAUUCGUUUAACGUACCAAUAUAUUACAUGUCUCCUCAAGAAUUGGAAGCUGCUGUAGAACGAAAUGGAUGCUUUAGCAUAGAGAGAACGGAGACCUUGCCUCGCAUCUUUCCACAAGGCACUGUCUCUGGCUCUGGUGCCCAACUAGUUACAUCUCACAUUAGAGCUGCCGUUGAGGGACUCAUCAAGCAGCACUUUGGAGAUGAAAUCUUAGAUGAGCUCUUUGACUUGUGCCGCAAGAAAUUUGAAGAGCAACCGUCCAUGUAUGAGUCAGGGAUGCCAGUUAAUUUUCUUGCUGUGCUUAAACGCAAGGCAACCUGA